AUGGUUUUAGAAAUGACUGGAAGUAUUUCAAGUAACAAAAGCUCUUCUUCAACUUCAACUAAUUUAGUAUUAGAUAAUGAAAUUGAAAUAAAAAAGACGCCAAUGAAAGGACAAGAAAACAACAACAAUAUUGAACAAAUUACCCAAUCGCUAGUUCAACGACUUCAACCAAAUGAACAAGGAAAGAGAAUUAGGCUUUAUAGAAAUGGAGACAGAUUUUUUAAGAACCCUUACAACCCUUUUUCUGACAACUUAAAUUCCCUCCCACAUGUUCAUCCUACCCAGAAAUCCCAUUUUCCUCUGUCACCGAGAUUCUUUUAUCAUAUACACAUUUUCUAUAAUUUUCAGGGAAUUUGGUAUACAAUAAUUCCUUCAUUACGUUCCUGGCCAGCAUUCCUCGAAGAUUUACAAAAAAUACAUUUUCUAAUUGAUUCACUUGCUCUACCUCACGGAGUCAGAUUUGUCUUUCGUUCAAAUGGAGGCGAACCAUGUAAUGGAUUGGAAGAAUUGAGACACGGUCAAAGUUAUGUAGUUUCUUCAACAGACAAAUUUAAACAGAUAGACUAUGCAAAUGCCGCUCAACCAAUUUGGUCAUUUGUUUCAAAUAAAUUAACUAAUGAACCAACUGCUUCAGGAUUGAGAGAAACUUUUCAAAGGGAACCCAAUGAAUUUGUCAAGCCCAGAAUAAUCACAAUUAUUCGUAAUGGAAUCAAGCCAAGACGAGUAGUACGCCAUUUACUUAAUAAACGGACAGCUCAAUCAUUUGAUAUGGUCAUUAGUGAUAUUACUUCAAAAAUUAAAUUAAAUAGUGGAGCAGUUCGAAAGCUUUAUUCAAUUAGUGGAAAACAGGUCAACACAUUAGCCGACUUUUUUUGUGACGAUUUUAUUUUUAUUGCUUACGGAACAGAACGUAUUUGUUGUGAUGAUUUUAAUGUUGUUUCUGAAGAAUACAAAAGAAUGGAAAUUGGUGGAAGAACACCAAUGAAUCGACACCAACACCAACAAACAAAAUUUCGUUUACGUCCAACACAAAUGAGAAUGCUUCGAAAACGAAAUCCUAACGAUUUUCGACUUAAAACGGGUGGAGAUGGUAGGCAUAUGUUUAAAGAAGGGAAUGACAAUGAACAAGUACAACUUGAAAAUUCUGCUGCAAAUGUUGUAUUACCUUCUGAUUUGGCUGAACGUUGUCAUAUUAUUUCACUUCUUGGUGAUGGAAAUACUGCUUUUGUUUAUAAAGUUGCCUUUCUUGUUGAAACAAGUAAUUUAAAUUUAAAUAAUGAUGAUUGUCAACAACAACAACAAGGAGAAUGGUCAACAGAAGCAUUAAAAAUUAUUCGUCGUUCAACAUUAGAAAAUCCAGAAGUUUUAGCUUUAGUUCAAACAGAAAUUGAAUUAUUAAAAAUGUUAAAACAUGAAAAUAUUGUUCAACUUUAUGAUUGUAUAGCACAUCCAAAUGGUGAUUGGUUUAUUAGAAUGGAAUGUGUACCUGUUAGUUUUCUUUUUUAA